AUGGCAACAUCAUCGCAACUUCUGGCAAAACCGGGCCUAACUCCGGGCUCAGAGUCACCCAUGCUCGUGAAGUGGCGGGACUGCUUUCUCGACCAGCUGGUACCCAAAACACCAGGCCGCAAGUCGCCACGGCGUAUCCGCAUCUCGUGGACUGUAGAUGAACGCAACAUUUUGCGUGGGUUCCUCGCGCGUCACUCGCACUCGCCGGCUUCGCUCUCGCCAUCUGAUCGUUUCUCUUGCGUUGGCUGUACUGAUGAGAACCUGAGAACUGUCGCCGCCUCCAUCGACCUAGACACGACGCGCAUCACCGACGCGCAAUGGUUCGGGUUUAGAGAUCGCAUGCUCACGCACUUUGCGCACCAGAUGAGCGGUUGGGUUAAUGAUGGCGUUGUUACGCAGAAAUUCGAUGCCGAUGCUGGUGGGUUCGUGUUUACGUGGAAUGAAGAGAUCCGCAUUGCCUGGAUGAACAUCGCCGAAAAGGUCCCACGUUUAUCUGUAGAAACUUCGCCGGGACGGACGCAGUCUGGUGAAGAGGUCGAGAGCAAGGAUCGUGGAGCUCUUCACUCUGCCCCCCCUACACUCACUCAAGCACGGCUGCACGAUGAAAUGCAACCCAAUCUUGUCUCCGAAAGCUCGAGCUCACCCAAUUCAAAUGACUCUUCGGACUCAUCUGGCUCCUCCUGUUCAGGUUCUUCUGCAUGUUCAGAUUCAUCAGAGUCAGCAAACCCGACAAACCAUUCAGUCUCCGAUUUUGCCGCAGUCAAGUCUGAGUCCCUCACACAGCAUAUCCGCGCAACUCGUCGCAGAAUGGUCGAUCUAGCGAUGCAAGAGCGCGGAUUCCGAUUUCCCUCGCUGCCCAGGGACACCGCGCCGGUUACUAGUCAGCGAGACAAAGAUGUGGAGGCCAUCUUAGCGGGCCUGGUUCGAGAUCGGGUGAGACUUUGGGCGCAACUGGAGGAGGCGGUGGACAAGGCUGAUGUGAAUGCAUGGCGCAGAAGCACUAGGUUCCUCCGUCACGCCUUCAGCCGUUUGUUGCAUGAGGACGGACAGUAG